GCCUUUGACGAGAUAAGCGCCGAAGCUCGCUGGGCGGGUCUCCCGCUAUCCUUUAUUCUAAUUGGUCAGUAACUCGUUCAGUUUCCGCUAGGCCUGAUAUCCCAGCGUGCCCCGCGUCACUCCCUCCUUUUCCGGUCGGCCAUUUCCCCCCGUGGAGGGAUAUAAGCAAUCAUGGCACCCAGUCGAAAUGGCAUGAUCUUGAAACCCCAUUUCCACAAAGACUGGCAGAGACGAGUUGCCACGUGGUUUAACCAGCCUGCUAGGAAGAUCCGCAGGAGGAAGGCCCGUCAGGCAAAGGCUCGGCGCAUUGCUCCACGCCCAGUGUCAGGGCCAAUCCGACCCAUUGUGAGGUGUCCCACUGUUAGGUACCACACAAAAGUUCGUGCUGGCAGAGGAUUCAGCUUGGAAGAGCUGCGAAUGGCUGGCAUCAAUAAAAGGGUUGCCCGGACUAUUGGGAUCUCUGUGGAUCCCAGACGACGCAACAAGUCUACAGAAUCCCUGCAGGCCAACGUGCAAAGACUGAAGGAGUAUCGCUCCAAACUUAUCCUCUUCCCAAGGAAGCCCUCUGCACCCAAGAAGGGAGACAGCUCUCCAGAAGAACUCAAGAUGGCAACUCAGCUCUCUGGCCCUGUUAUGCCAAUCAGGAACGUUUACAAAAAGGAAAAGGCCCGUGUUAUCUCUGAGGAUGAGAAGAACUUCAAAGCCUUUGCCAGCCUGCGUAUGGCCCGGGCAAAUGCCCGGCUCUUUGGAAUCCGUGCUAAACGAGCCAAGGAAGCUGCAGAGCAGGAUGUGGAGAAGAAGAAAUGAACUGUUCUCCCUCAAACUGUCAAUAAAAGAGUAUAGAAAUGUAA